UAUCGUUCGUUAGAUAAUACAAGUUUGAUUGUCAACACUUUCCGUGACAGACUGAAACGUUUAUAAAUAUUUUACUAGUGUCCCUCGAACUAUCGUUAAAUCCACAUCUGUAGUGAAUACGCAACUGUCACACAUCCGCAUAUAAACAGCGUCGAUUAUUCGACUGUUACUCUUGUGCGAGGUUAUUUUUAAAUUGUGAUAUUAUAAAAUAUCUCACGCAUAUAUAUUCAAGCGCAUAUUUGUUUACGCAUACAUAUUGUUCUGUACGUUAUGUCAGAGCAAUCAUCUCGACACCUAUAUUUGGAUAAAAUAAUUUUCCAGAAUAAUUAUAACAAAUUUUUCCAUCCGAACGUUUGUCACGUUUGCAAAACUACAGAGAGACUGACGGAAUGUUUAUUGUGUCGCAUGAUCUCGUACUGCAGCGAGGAGCACAGAAUAAUGCAUCGACCACAACAUAUUGAUAUCUGCGAGGCUGUAAUAUUGCUAAAUAUGUACUGGAGAGCAUACAUAUCUCGUUCUAAGACAUUGGAGGAGUGGAUUUUAUUCAAGAAAACAUAUUUGCUUCGUAUAAAAGAUGAGCUUCAACGUGAUUUGAUGCCGUACGAAGAGCAAAUGUUUCUAUUCGCGAAAUCAUGCUAUAUUUGCCACAAGCAGGAUAUCCUAAUUGUCGGCUGCAAAAUCUGUGUAUCCGUCAAUGUAUGUCUAGACCACUUUUUCUAUGACUUUGUACACUGCUGCAGAUUUCUACGAUUUUGUUUGGACAUGGAUAUAUACAAUUCCUAUACAAAGUAUGAAAGUAUUCCGGAAAAUCUUUUGAAUAUAAACAUUGAAUAUAUCCAUGACAUGCAAUCUUUUAUAGAAAGUGCUUCACAAUCUUCUGAAACUGUACACACUUGGAGCUACAGUGAUUACAUACACAGUGACGAAUUUUCUAAGCCGCUCACGUUGUUUCAUACAUUGCGGCAGGCAAAUUUACUACAUCUUCUAUCGUCAUGUUCUUGCUUUGUAAUUCAUAUUAUAAUCGGAAGCGGUAUAGAGGAACACAGUUUAUUAGCUUGGGAAAGCAUUUUACAUCAACUUGGUCCAAACACAACGCUACAUAUCGAAGUAGUAGAUCCAUAUUUACGGAGAAAGACAGUUCCAUAUAACCCGCAGAUUUGUAAUCAUUGCGUCCUCAAUAACAAACACUUUCAAGUAUUUCAUUAUCUACCAGAGCCUGCAUUUUCCAACCCCAUUCGACGGCAGAGUCAGUUCAUAAUCUUAAUGCGACUCUAACAGCGCUGUUGCAAAUAAUAUACAAGGUAGAAUCCUUUGAUAAAUACUUUCUUAUGAUUUCUCGAUUUUCUCACAUACUAUUAAAACGAAAAAGAAUCAUAUUUUGUGAACGUAUUAAUUACAUAUUGCUUUUUUUUGAAAGCACUUUUGUACUGAUACUGGGAUGUAUCAUGUACUGAUACUGGACGUAUCUUGGAAAUAUCUAUCACGAAUAAUGAAAGUAUUUUCGAAGGGAUCAUACGGAAACCUUGAAGUAAUAAUGUUUUCUUCUUCGCAUAUAUAUAUGUGAUUUAGUAAUCUGCAGACGAAUAUGUGUAAAAGAUACA